CACUUAAAACUUUCCGAAGGUGUCAGCCAGGCCCUUGGUCUGAUUUGAAAAGGCUCGUACACAGCAGGGGUCUGUGACUGUUAGUGGGACAAAGGCUGCUUAACUGCUUAAAGGGGGAGCUCAUCCUAUUAUAAUGGACUAAUUGGGGUCUUGGUCCUACCAUGUCAGCACAAAUGCCGGAGAAGACUUCUGUAAGAAUACCUGCAGUUCACCUCCAGUGUGACAGGGAAACUGCUUUUAUACACAAUUUCCACAUUGUCUAUGGUUGACUUCUUUUAGCCAAGAUGUCAGUGAAUCCUAUGGCAUAUGAAGCCCAGUUCUUUGGUUUUACCCCUCAGACAUGUAUGCUUAGGGUCUACAUUGCAUUUCAAGACUACCUGUUUGAAAUGAUGCUGGUUGUGGAGAGAGUCAUUCUGAAGAAACUAGAAGGCUUUCCUGACUCUAAGAUCAGUCCAUUCCAAAUCCGUAAGAGCACAGAGAAAUUUCUUCUCUUCAUGAAGGAGCGCUUUGAUCACCUCUUCAGCAAAAUGGAACAAAUGCUUUUGCAGUUGGUGUUAAACAUCCCUAAAAAUGUUUUACUUCCUGAAGACAAGGUCCACGAGCAGUACCCCUACAGUAAGGAACAGUUUCAAACUCUUCAAGGUGAAAUUGAUCAACUACAGAAACAAUACAAGGUUGAAGUGUCUGCUGGACAGGCUCUUUUAGCAGAAUUAGAAGAACAGAAAAUGGUUCAGGCAGAACUUGAGAAGACCCUCCAGUGGUUUGAUGGACUUGAGACCAUAUGCAGAGAGCACGGGACUAGCAAUUUAAAGGAAAGCUUUGCAUUCUUGACACAAACUUCUAAGAAACUGCAAGAUAUACUAAAGGAAGUUGAAAAGAAAAACCAAAGAUUGCAAAAAAGUAAUCUCCAUGUAGUGUAAAGGAAGUACUGAAAGGGCAGCAGAGAAACCAAUAAGACAAUACUUUUGUUACAAUACAUUUUUUUGGGAUCUUUCCAGAAGCAUUUGUAUAUAAAGUUUUGGGGGGGUUGCCCCCUCUUCCUUGCCAUACCAGUUUUUGACUGAAAGCUGGUGAGUGCAAUAUUCUGUCAAACCAUCAUUUUCCCCUCCUGAAUUCUAUAAAUACUGCACAGACAUUUCUUUAAGUAAAUAACCAUACCCCCCUAAGAAUGUCUAAAUGAAUUGUCUGAACGGUAGAAGUGCAGAUGCAAAAUAAGUGCAUUGUAAUGAAGACUUCAAUUCCCUGCACUAGUUCAUUUAAGCAACCUUAGUAGAGAGGAAGCUUUUUCUUUAAUGUACAAUAGGUUAGAAGCAUCUUAAUCUUAAACUAUUUUUUGGAAGUCAAGACUUGUCAGUAUUGAAAUAUUCCAUUUCGAAAUGUAAGAAUGUGACAUCGUAGUAAAACUUAGCCCUUGAGGAGAAAUACAUUUAAUAAAUGUUGGAGUUGGAAUUAAUCUAGACAAUAGUGAGUGGUUUCUAAAAUGGAGGGGUUAGUUGUUACUUCCAGUAUUUAAAAAAUAAAAAAAAAAGUGGUUGAUAUUCUGAAGGAGUUAACAAAGACAGGACAGAGGGCCUGGAUCUUUCCUGUUUCUAGUGGAAGUAUUUCACAAAUAUUAAUCAGUAGUCACAAACCUGUGUACAAUAGGUGAUUAUACCAAUUUUGCAAAUGGAUAGAGUUAGUUUUGCUUUGAGCGGGAGGCGCACGCUGUACAGUGCUGUGUGUGAUAAGAGACAGAUAUGAGCUACAGUGGAAUAACUCAGACUCUGGACUGCUUUGAAAGUUUUCUUGCACCAUAGUAUUUAUCAUAGUGUCAGCACAGCAUUAUACAUUGUGUGACUCUUGCUAAAAGCAAAACUUAGUUUGCAUAGCUAUACAAUGGGUAUACUCACCUACCUUACAUGGGUGUUAUGCGGACUGAUUAAUAUUUGUGAAGUCCUUUGAGGUCCUUGAAUUAAGCUUACUUUAUAUGGACUUGUUCCACAAUCCAUCAAAGAAAAUGUGAAUCUUUUCAUUGACUUCAGUGCCUUUUGGAUCAGUCCUUAUUUGCAUAUUAGUAUAGUAAAAAGAAGCUUAACUUUUACAGGGGCAAAACUUCCUUACUUUUUAAAAGAUACUUGCUUGAAUGAUGUUUAACUUCUGUAUAACUUGAGAGCUACUUAAAAAUUAUACAUAAGGUGACAAAAUAUAUUUUUUCAAUGCAUUCUGAAACGAUACUAUAAAAUAUUCUAUGUUAUUCUAUGAAAUUUGUCAAAUACCUGAAGACUUCUGGAUCAGCUCAAUAUGCUCAAAGAACAGGUCAACAAAUCUGAAGUGUCCACUGAUCUUGUGAGCCCAGUGUGACAUUUUGUGACUCACCUUGGGCACCCAAAAUCAGUGUCCACAUCUGAAAAUUUGGCCAAAGACAUUAACUUUUAAUGUUUAACGCUAGUCUUUGUGUGAACUAACGUCCAUUAAAUAACACCUAAACAUUUUCUAAUGGAAAUCAUUCUAAAGUAUCUUAUUUAGAGACUCAUUUUGUAUGUAUCACUUAAAACAAUGUUCAUUUUUCUGCGUUUUUUGAUCAGUAAAAUCUAAGUGUUCAUUUCCCCACCACUCAUUCGGACAUGUAGGAAGCUUCUGUGCUACUGUAUGGCUGCAGCUAAAACUAGUAAAUAAACAUUCCAAUAACUCAUAAGAUAGUGUGAUAUAUUUUUCUGUUACGGCGCUAGAAAAAUCUCAUUCAAAAAUCUACAUUGCUAAUGCAAUUUUUUUCUGCAAUAUUACUACAACAAAUCUGUGGAUAUUGUUUUGUCAGACGGCCACAAGGGAGUUUAGUUUUCAUUCUGAACAACAGUGAAUGUUAAUUGGAAAUCUACAGCAGGACAACAAUAUUAAAUUGGUAAUUUAAAUGUAAAAUUAAGUAAACAUGUGGAUGUCAAUAGUAAGAGUACAGUAAUACAGACAUUUGGCACGGCAGGAGAUGAAGAAUGCAGAUACCAUCUUUUCUUCAGGGUACAAUUAAAAGCUCCUCUCUAAGCCUUACAAAUCUACUGUGUGCUUAUUUAGGUCCGUAAACCAGUAGCUAUAGCAUAAUCAACAAUUAUGUUGAUUUUUUAUAGUAAGAAAUAAAAAACGUCCAUGGGGAGAUAGGGAGUGGUAGGUGAAGACACACCCCCACCUCAAAUGAGACUGAUGGUGUUUAUCAUUCAUUGCUAGUGAUGUCAGCAUUUCCCCAAGGAGUGGAUCCUUCCUUAAAUAUCCCAUGGACUACGGAGGGAUUACUUUUUAAAAAACAAAGCUGAUGUUUUGAGUAAUAUAAUCAUGAAUAGUGCUGAGGAUAGGGACUGGCUUGGGAUAAAAUGAGUACCUUUUAUAGGUACUCUAUAAUGGUGGGUUUUAAAUCUAUUCACCAAAUACAUAUUCUCCAAGCUGGAUAAGAACAGCAAAACACUCUAACUGCACUUUACUAUGAUUUUAACCUCACGAACAAUGGGUAUUUUGAAUUUUGGGCACAAACACAUUAAAAUAGAUUUAAAAACAAAUAAAUCAUUGGGUUUAACCCUGCUAAAGGUGGUUGGUUUACUGGAUCAUCCAAACUCCUUACUAAUAUAAAGUUGUGUCCUCAGAUAGACCUGAGAAGUUUGUUGUCCAUCUAUUUUAUCAGGUUAUAUAUAGAAUGUUCUCUUCUUUGAAGUGAAACAAUGUUAAAAAACCCAGCCAGAAUGUUAAAGCUUUUGGGAAGUUUGCAGGAGAUACAUUUCUACAUGUACCCUUAUGCAGACUGUAUAUAUUUUAUCUUUCUCUGCAAUAAAGAUACAUUUGAAACACUUCA